AUGAUUAAAAAGGGAUUUCUUUUUGGGAAUAGAGUGUGUGGUGAAAAGAUAGAGAGAGAGAGAGAGAGGGAUUUUGCAAUGGAGACUGCCAUUUGCGGUCGACUAGCUCCUUCUCCUAACCAUGGUCUUCUUCAUUCCAAAUCAGGGGACAAGUACUUGCUUCAUAAACAAAGCACAAAAUGGAUCACAGUUAUGACAAUGGCACCCCCGAGGCUGGAAAAGGGUGCUGGGGUGCUGGAUAAGCCAGUAAUAGAGAAAACAACCCCUGGCCGAGAGUCAGAGUUUGAUUUGAGGAAAUCAAGGAAAAUGGCACCUCCGUAUCGUGUGAUGCUACACAAUGACAAUUACAACAAGAGGGAGUAUGUUGUGCAGGUGCUAAUGAAGGUUAUACCCGGAAUGACUGUUGACAAUGCAGUGAACAUUAUGCAGGAGGCCCACAUCAAUGGUCUGUCGGUGGUGAUUGUGUGUGCACAGGCAGAUGCGGAAGAACAUUGCACCCAGCUGAGGGGGAAUGGGCUUCUAAGUUCAAUUGAACCCGAUGGCGGAGGUUGUUAGAAUUGUGGUGAUAUGUACGUAGUAGAGGAUUAUGGUUAUAUGUCAAUAAUGAAAAGAACAAUAUAUGUAUAAUGAAUGAUAAGCAACAUAAUUAGCGGUGGUUAUUGGGUUAGCUUCAGCUCCCAAAAGAUGUAUAGUAUACAUUCUUGUGUUGAUGGUGUGUGUGUCAGUCAGUCAGCAAACACUUUGCUUCCUUCAUAGUUUUCUUUAGUGUUUGUUUGAUUGAUG